GGGGGUUAUUUUCUGAAGCAGCCAGUGCUGUAUCAAGAUCAAGAUCGUCCUUGCUCUUCCAGGCGAUCCCGAUCCAUUGAUUCAGAGGCCACUGAAGACGAUGUUGUCUUUCCAGAGGCUUGCAUUCCUCCUGGCCACUGCGAUCAGCCUUGGGAGCACGGCAUGGGCGACACCCCUCGCCUCGAGCUCACAAGCGUCGCUAGUGUCAUCGCGCUCGGAACCGGACCCCUCGUUUGCUGUGUCCGUAGAGCUGGGAGGAGUGACUUAUGUGAAUAAAGGACUGGUGGCGUUCGGGCUCAUCCCGUCUGAUUUUGUCGAUUCUACCGGAGACACGAUGGGGGGCUUCGGAAGCGCUAUUGCCCUUCAGGCUUUCUCUAAAUCAUCCAGUGGCGACAGAUCAGACUCGGAAUCGUUCACGGGAACGCUCGUUGUUCAGCCUGAUCGUGGUUUCAAUGUCGACGGAACUAUAAACUACCAAGCCCGGCAACACACCCUCGCCUUCACCCUCACUCCCUACUACGACCCCGCCGACCUCUCGUUCUCAGACGCCCAGUCCACCCUGCAACUCACUUACCUCAAAACUCUGCUGUAUACUGAACGAGAGGAUAAGAAUACGACGGGGCUGGAUGCGUUGGGGGUGAGGCCUGCUGGGAGUGGCGAGACCGGGGGAGAGGGAGAGGAUCCGGUGUUGCCGAUUGCGAGUGAGGUGGACGAUAGGCUGAGCUUGGAUUGUGAGGGGUUGGUUUCGGAGCGGGAUGGGACAUUCUGGAUGUCCGACGAAUACGGCCCCUACAUCUACAAAUUCUCCUCCUCCGGCUCGCUCAUCAAAGCCAUCCAACCUUCGGCCGCAAUUUUACCCCUGGACAAAAAGGGGAAUGUGAAUUUUACGUCGGCGGUGGACCCGAAGACGGGGAGGGCCGUGAAUCAGGGCUUUGAAGGCCUCACGACCGACUCCUCGCACAACACACUCUACGCCCUCCUCCAAUCCGCUACGAUCCAAGACGGAGGCGACGACGACAUGACGUCAAGAUACACACGACUCGUCGCAUUCGACGUGUCCUCCUCCUCCACCGCCUCUUCUUUCACCGCCGCAAACGUCACAUCUUCCAGAAGCGAGACGGCGACAGGGACGGUGACGGGCGAAUGGGUCGUCCCGCUGCCGACGUCGAAGAAGGGCAAGACGCGGGCGGCGAGCGAGCUGCAUUAUGUGAGCGAGGGGGUGUUUUUUGUGCUUUCGAGGGAUGGGAAGGGACAUGGGGAUGAUGACGACGAUGCGUCUUAUAAGCAGGCGGACCUGAUCUCUCUGGCUAACGCCACCGACAUCCAUGGCUCUAAAUUCGACGAUCCGGCCAACCCGAUCGCGGACGAUGGAAAGUUGGAUAAGAGCAUUGUACCGGCGACGUAUGUGAGCUUCGUGGAUUAUCUGGACGACGUGCAGUUGGCUAGGUUUGGGCUCCAUAACGGCGAUCCAUCGGAUCAAACGCUCAUCAAUGCGAAAUGGGAGUCGCUCGCGUUGGCUUCAUGUCAGGACGAGGCCUUCCCAGAUGAUUAUUUCUUAUUUACCGUUUCCGACAACGACUUCAUAACGACGAACGGGACCUCGCUCGGCCAGCCGUACGACGCUGGGCUGGACAACGAUAAUCAGUUUUUGGUGUUCAGGGUUACGUUACCUGGGGCGGCGCUGGGGGAUUUACCAGCGAUCUGA